CACCCUCCGGACCAAGAGCGCCCACCCUCCCGCUUCUCCCCGACCGUACGGCCGCACCUGACCGCGCUCCCUGCCCCGCAAUGCAUACCGGAAGCAUACCACACUAGCCGGCAGUAUCACCUCCAUCAGCACCAAGAGCUAGCUAGCCAGCCAGGGAACACAAGGCGCAUUCGCCGCUUAGCUAGGGAUGUCGUCGUGCCUCGCGCCGCAGUUCAAGUGGCCCCCUUCCACCCGCGCGGCGGUGCCGAGGGAGCCCGGCGCCGGCGGCUGCGCGGCAGGCGGAAGCUGCCGGCCAGGGAGGGUCCAGUGCGCGCUGUCCUCCGCAGCCGUCGUCGAGGCGGAGCGCAUGGAGUCCUUAGCCGCAGGAGCGAGGCGCCUGGCGUACGGCGGAGCCGUCGACGUCGGGCCUCCUCCCCCUUCGGAUAGCACCAGCCUCCCGGGGGGCUUCGGGGAGGCGCUUCUCAACCAAGAGGCCGUGGUGACGGCCGCGGCCGCGGAGGCCGUGGCUUUAGCGCGAGCAGCCGCGGAGGUCGCCCGAGAAGUUGCCCGGAUGGUGCAGACCGACCACCGUCCAGACGUCGGCGACAGCCAUGACCUGGUGGAGGACAGCUACUUAACAAGAGAGGUCCUUCGCACCGAGGUGCGGCCGGGGUCUCGGUAUGCCCAAGCCCGUUUGCUGGACGACGCGGGGUUUGUCAGCAUCUUCAGCGACGAAUCCGAGUCGGACGACGACGAGCAGGGCGCCCGGGGCGUGGCUGUCAAGUCGGCACGUCAGCCCGAGAGAAGAGCUCGGAGAGUGAGGGCGGCGAUGAAGGCGGCUAAAUCUUUCAGUGAUCGGAGGCCCGUGACGGCCUCCUCGAGGAAGAGGGUCAAGGGUUGCCGGAAUUCUCUGGGCUGCUUCUACAAGAUGUCCGGACGGAAGCUUCUGACAGCGAAGCAAGAAGUUGAGCUAUCAGAAGGCAUUCAGGAUCUCCUGAAGUUGGAGGCUACCCAAAAGGAGGUUGCACACUACAACGGUGGUGAACCAACCUUCGGUCAGUGGGCAGCAGCAGUUGGCACUGAUGAGAACACUUUGAGGAAACGUCUCAGCCAUGGAAUUUACUGCAAAAACAUGAUGGUCAAAUCAAAUGUGCGACUAGUAAUCUCAAUUGCCAAAGAGUUUGAAGGCCCUGGGACAGAGUUUUCUGAUCUUAUCCAGGAAGGGAUUCAGGGCCUUAUAAGGGGCGCUGAAAAGUUUGAUGCCUCAAAGGGUUUUAGGUUCUCUACGUAUUCUCACUGGUGGAUCAAGCAAGCUAUACGCAAGUCGGUUCUAGAACAAACCCAAAUAAUUCGCUUGCCAGCGCACAUGGCGGAAGCAAGUUCCCGAGUGAAAGAAUGCCGACGACGACUCCGACGGCAGCUGAAUAGGCUACCGACAAAUGAAGAAAUCGCAUUGGACACCGGCAUGACAGCCAGACGGGUGGAAGCAGCAAUGUGCCUCCCAAGGUACAGCGUAUCUCUCACUGGCAAAGUCGGGUGCACGGACGUGACAUACCAGGAGAUCACGGCGGACAAGAGCACGGAGACGGCGGAGGAGACGCUGCACAGAUUGUUCAUGAAGAAAGACGUGGACAAGGCGCUGGACAGCCUGACCCCUCGGGAGAGGGAGGUGAUCAGGUACAGGUUCGGGAUGGAUGACGGCAAAGCGAGGACCCUGCACGACAUCGGGCAGCUGAUGGGGGUGAGCAGGGAGAGGAUCCGGCAGAUCGAGAUGGCCGCCUUCCGCAAGCUCAGGAGCAAGAAGAAGGUGACGUCGCUACAGCACUACCUGGAGCCGGCAGAGAGCUGGUAGCUAUAGCUAUAGCCGGCCGUGUUAUGAGUACGUACUACGUCCUUAGCAACGCACGGCCUUUGCUUGCUGGCUGCCGAGUUAGGACUGGAUUGCCUGCCGUAUUUUUGAAGGAUUAACGACAACAUAUACGAUUCACUCUCGAGCCUCUUGUACUAUAAAUUGUGUAAAUGAACGAAACAAUCUUAGUAGUCCGUUUCACAAGAUCGGCUUAUGUGUAUCUAUGCUUUUGCCACGGAUAAAAGUUGCAUCAGUCACGUGCUUUUGUA